CAAUUUUCAUUCUGCUAUCGAAGAGGAACACCCCCAACCCCCAUUUCCUUGCAUAAGCUGCUCUGAUGAAUAUCUCGGCCUUUGCAGCGUGUCCGGAUCCCACGCUGUGCGAGGACCACGCGAACGGGGACGAGAAUGUUGGCCUCGCGUUCGGCCUGACGAUCGCUGCCGGCAUGGCGACGAGUGUGGGCGCGAUGGUUCCGUUCCUGCCGUUCAUUCGGCACAACGACAUGCGAUACCUGGCUGCUGGUCUGGGGGCCUCGGCGGGCGUCAUGCUCUACGUCUCGUUUGUUGAGAUUCUGAGCAAAUCAGCAGACUACUUUUGCUGCGUCACGCCAACGCACUUCCGACUCGCCUCCGUGCUCCUGUUCUUUGGCGGCGCGCUCUUCACCGUGCUGCUCCAUGUCUGUGUGCACGCCAUCCAGCACCUGGACGGGCGAUGCUGGCCAGCGCGGCUCUUCCAGCGAAUGAGGACGAGAAGAAGGAGCGCUGUCGGCGAUUCUGAUGACGCUCGUUCUGUUCGCAGCGCAGCCCAUGCAGGCGCUGCAGGCGCAGGUGCAGCAACAGACAUGCAGCAGCCGCCGAGCCCAGACUCCUGCUUGGUGCUGCCAGCGACGCCAACGGCAGCCCCGUCGACCAGUCCAGCAACUCCGACGCUCGUCUCGUUCGAUGCGAAUAGUUCGCCGAGUUUCAACUCGUCGUCCGCUGCGGCAUUCAACACCAUGUCGGGCGCUGCGAUGAUGAUGAUGACGACGAUGAUGCCGCAUGCUUCGUCUGCCGGUGGUCGAGCGACGGGCAGUCACGACGAGACGCUGGACAAUGCGCGCGCACAUCCGCAAUUGGAACUGGCCACGUCCUCAGCUGGAGCAAGUCACGGAACACGUCCCAUUGGAUCCGACUCGAGUGCGAGCAUCCCACCAGGAUUGUCCUCCAGCUUUGAUGCUGCUGCUGGUGGUGCUGGAUCAACGGGCGAGGCGCGCUACAGUGCAAGUCGUCCGGGUUCGUGGUCGGAUUCGACGCAAGGCACGCUGCAUCGCGUCCACCACAACCACCACCACCACCACAACCAGCAUCAUGACCAUCAUCAGCAGUCGCAGCAUCCUCAUCACCGCGAUUCAUAUGCAGAGCAGCAGCACUCUGCCUCGCUGCAUCAUCAUGAAAACAAGCCAAACGCUUCCUCCUCCUCCUCGUCCUCCUCCUCCUCCUCCUCGUCGACUGCAUCGACGGUAGGUCGCAGUGUCGGUGUCGAUUCAACCAGUAAGCUUGCUUCAUUCGACGAAGAGCCAGCCGACAAUGUAUCGCUGCUCCAUCGUCGUACCAAAGCGUCCGAGCCACUGUCGCCGCCGCUGACCAAGCUCGAGCGCAAGAUUGCUGCCGCCGCGGCUGAUAUUCUGAGCAACACCAUGCAGAUUGAUGCCCAAGAGUUGCCAGAAGAUGCCCUCUAUCGCCAUCACAGCCGUGGCGACGGGUAUUCUUCGCGUUCGAUCGCCACCAGCACCGACUUUGAGCACAACCUCGAGAUGGCCAAUCCGCUCUACCCGCAGGAUGACGAAGACUCGCGGCGACUUCGCAACAUGGGCAUGAUGACGGCGCUCGCCAUUGGCAUUCACAACUUCCCCGAGGGCCUCGCAACGUUCAUUGCUGCGCUCGCCAAUCCUUCCCUGGGUGUGACGCUGUGCGUGGCAAUCGCGCUGCACAACAUUCCCGAGGGUGUUGCGGUGGCCUUGCCCGUGUACUAUGCGACCCGCAGCCGGAAGAAGGCCUUCAUGUGGGCGUUCCUGUCAGGAGUGUCGGAGCCGAUCGGCGCGCUGCUCGGCUGGCUGGUGUUGAAGGAUGCGAUGGGACCCGCAGUGUACGGCGUCAUGUUUGGCAUGGUUGCUGGCAUGAUGGUGUACGUGUGCAUCCGGGAACUGUUGCCCACCGCCCUUCGCUACGACGCGCAAGAUCGCUUUGUGACUGCCUGCUUCAUGGGCGGUGCGUUUGCCAUGGCGAUGAGUCUGGUUUUGUUCCUGUACUGAUGUGCAUUCCAGCGGCCAGUGUGUUUUUUGCUGAGUGCCUGUGAGUAUGGUGAGAUUGUUGUUGUGCCUGCGUUUUUUUAGGCUUUAUCAGAGGUUUUGGCUUUUCUUGUCCCGCUCCCUCCCAUCUAUUUUAUUUCAUCCAUUCCAUGCUCAUCAGCACAUGUCCCCGA